AUUUUAUCCAGAGUUCACUUUUCUCUCCGCUGUCAUAACAUCUUAUCUCACCCAAGGAAGAAGAAGAAAAGUAGAAAACAAAAAUGGAAUAUGUACCAACUUCUAGUUUAACUUUGCAACACCCUAAAAUUACUUCACUCAAAAACAACUUUAAUUCUUCCUCUAUAAACCCUUCAUCAUCAUCAUCAUCAUCAUCUUAUAGUUUGACUAGAAUCUGUGUAAAACCCUCUCAAUCCAAUAACAAAAACAAAUUUACCAUCAAAUGUAGAAAUUCAGAGUAUUUUCAGAAACAACAACAGAGAUACACAAAACCUUCUGAAGAAACAUUUAGUUCACAAGCUUUAGGAGCUGCAACAAGGGUUUUUGUUGGUCAUUCUAUCUAUAAAGGGAAAGCAGCUCUUACUGUGGAACCCAUAUCACCAGAAUUUCUUCCUUUAGAGUCAGGUGCUUAUAAGCUAUCAAAAGAAGGGUUUGUUCUACUUCAGUUUGCUCCUAGUGUUGGGGUCAGGCAAUAUGAUUGGAAUAGGAAGCAGGUAUUCUCUCUGUCAGUGACUGAGAUUGCAGCUUUGAUGAACCUUGGUUUAAAGGAUUCAUGUGAAUUCUUCCAUGAUCCAUUUAAGGGGAAAAGUGAGGAAGGCAAGGUCAGAAAGGUUUUGAAAGUGGAGCCCCUUCCCGAUGGAUCUGGACAUUUCUUUAAUCUAAAUGUUCAAAACAAGCUCUUGAAUGUGGAUGAAAACAUUUACAUUCCUGUUACCAAGGCAGAACUAACUGUUCUAAAUUCAGCCUUCAGUUAUAUCUUGCCAUACCUUCUAGGUUGGCACACUUUCGUGAACUCCGUGAAGCCUAGUGAUACCAGCCGUGUCAACAACAACACCAACAUGCGUUCUGGAGCUGAGACAGCUGAUUUGGAGUGGAGCAAGUAGUAGUGGUAUCUCAACUCAGCAUCAUCCCGACUGAUAGGAGGAAAGAUUUGAGAUGGAUAGGCUCAGCCCUGGUGCUGGACAAGCUGGCGGUUUUCUACUCAAAUUUACUUUUAGGAGGAGCUUUACAGUUGUCCAAGUUCCAAUUUUGUGAGAGACAUCUGUUUCACCGCAUUGACAUUUGUAAUCCAACAGCGCCUGGAUUGAUUUGUUUUGUUUGUUUAUUUGACAAAAAAAAAGGUUAAUUUUUUUGAGAAAAAAAAGUUAAAGAGGAUACAAGAGGU